UACCUGGUAGUCCGUAGUAGUCUGCGGACAUGGUUAAAUGUGGUUUGUUGCAUUAUGUAGAUGCGAUCUAAGAACGAUUUAAAGUUAAAAUCCCCUUUGGUGUUUACGUGAAAGGUUAUCACUGAAAAAUGACUCGCACGGUGUUAUCGAAUUUUUAGGAAUCAAUGAAACUAAAAAAGCGAAAGAGUCUGUGUGCGCAGUGCGUGAAUAUGCCCGCCAAGGUCUCAAAGAAGGUCGUGGGCAUGAUCGUACGAAGCCGAAAGUUCAUUAUUAAGGAUGGGGACAUUACGGUACUGAAUAAUUCCGUUUAAUAUCUAUUAGAUUUUUAAGUUACAUCUUUAUCCUUUUAUGUGUUACCUCUGAUUUCGCAUUGGAAUAUUAUAUGGAUCUGAACAACUGAUAAAUGAAAAAUUAAUAGAAUCGUAAAUAUGGAAAGAAAUAUAUAUAGUAGCACUUCUUAGGGGUCAUGCCCCCCGGGGCAAAAGGUGGAGCAGAGGGCCUGGGCCCUUCCUGUUCUGAAAUUCACAACAGCCAAGAACAUGCUAUUGCUAAACUCACACCUCUUACAUUUACUCAGCAAUGCUACAGGCAUCUUAAGAGUUCUGGCAUUGGAGAGGCAAGUGUGUACCAUGCUCUGGUUGUAAUAUUUUUGGAAUUUUUUGCAUGGGGUUUAUUAACCAUGCCUGUUAUCUCUGUAUUGAAUAUCACAUUUCCAAGUCAUACGUUCCUGAUGAAUGGCUUGAUAAUGGGCAUUAAAGGAAUCUUGUCAUUUCUUUCCGCGCCGUUAAUCGGUGCUUUGUCCGAUGUGUGGGGUCGAAAAUUCUUUCUACUCAUCACAGUAGCCUUCACGUGUGCGCCGAUUCCUCUAAUGAGCAUUAACACAUGGUGGUUCUUUGCUAUGAUCUCCAUCAGCGGUGUUUUUGCUUGCACAUUUUCAGUGGUAUUUGCAUAUGUUGCCGAUGUUACAGAGGAACAUCAAAGAUCUCCAGCAUAUGGUAUGGUCUCUGCAACUUUUGCUGCAAGUAUGGUAGUAAGUCCAGCAUUAGGAGAUCAUAUUAUGAAAGUGUACGGGGAAAACCUUGUAGUUGCAUUAGCAACUGCCAUUGCAGUGUUGGAUGUGUUUUUUAUAUUAGUGGCUGUACCUGAAAGUUUGCCUGAAAAAGCUCGUCCACCAGCACCUAUAUCUUGGGAGCAGGCAGAUCCUUUUGCUUACCUUGGAAAGGUUGGCAAAGAUCACACAAUUUUAAUAUUGUGUAUUACUGUGUUCCUGAGCUAUCUUCCUGAAGCGGGACAAUAUAGUUGUAUAUUUGUCUAUUUGACUAAGGUUAUGGGAUUUACUGCUUUGAUGGUAGCAGUUUUUAUUGCUGUGGUUGGAGUCUUGAGUGUCGGAGCACAGAUUGUCUUGGGUGUUUUAAUAAGGAUCCUUGGCUGCAAACAUACUAUAAUGUUAGGCCUCUUAUUUGAGAUGUUACAACUUAUGUGGUUUGGCUUCGGUUCCCAAACUUGGAUGAUGUGGUCUGCUGGGGUACUUGCCGCUGUGUCGAGUAUUACAUAUCCUGCGAUUUCUGCAUUCAUAUCUAUGCAUUCUGAUGCUGAUAAGCAGGGUUUGGUACAAGGCAUGAUAACUGGAAUGCGUGGAUUAUGCAACGGUCUUGGGCCAGCUAUGUUUGGAGUAAUCUUCUAUCUGUUUCGCGUUGAUCUCAACGAUAAUUCUCCCCUUCCUGCAAAACCAUCUCCUUUCGAUGAAAAUAAUAAAACAGGAACUGCCACGCAUCUUGAUAUUAUACCACAACUAGUAACCCAGGAAUGGUGGUUUCAGCUUGUACCAGGACCACCAUUUGUGUUUGGUGCAUUACUUGUGAUAUGUGCAUUACUGGUAGCUGCAUUUAUACCUGAAUCAAAUAUAAUGCCAACAGGAUCGUUACAUCAUCCAUCCACCUCCCGGAGGACCUCCGGUAAAUACGCAUAUCAGAAAUGUUUAUCAUUGGAUGUACACUAUGAGGCAGACAAACUAGGAAGUGGAAAAGGUAAAAUAGGACCGUUGUCACCUCUAGUCGACAAUUGUAACUCUGCUGCUCUAUAGCUAUUGUCAAAAUUCAAACAUAACACAGGAAAGAAGAGGGAUGUGUAUCCUUGCCCAGUGACGAAACUCUAUGUUUAGAGAAGCGGUCGUUACUAUCGAAUGCACCUACUUCGCAAGGACUUUAAGAGAGCUGUCUAUAUUGUAUUAUACUACAUCUUUAAGUCAAUAAUUGAGUUUGAUUUUAGGAUUACCAAUCCAUUUAAUAUUUAGGUUAUGAAACGUUUUUACGAGCAGUGCUUGUUUUAUGACAUGUAGGUUGAGCUGGAAACAGAAUUCAAUCUGUUUAGGUGUUGUGUUAUCCAAAAAAAAAAAAAGAAUAAUCAUAUUAGUUCUUUUCUUAUGAGCGAUUCUAGUACCAACUUGUACUAAGUCAAGCACUGGAUACCUUGAUUCGUUUAUCAGUGACUCCUAGUUUAUGUAGCUUGCCAAUAGCAUGAAACUGUGAAAUGAAUGAAACUUGUAACCAGUAUUUUUACUAGACUUAUAACAAGAAUUACAAAACUUUUUAUGUCAAAUCCUUUUGUUUUAUCAUCACGUCAUUCGUUGCUAAUAGUUUCUUUUGUUUUUAUUUAGGUCUAAAGCACCUGUUAGUUUGGUCGCACAUAUCAUGAAACUCAAAUGUAGGUUAGUCUCCAUGUUUUUGUGAAUCGUGUCUGAAAAGCAAAAUCCUAUUAUUUAUUUGUGAAUAUAUUUUGUUUCAUUUUCAUGCA